UCGUAUCGUUCAAACUGGUUGACCCGCGGUGACAGCAUGACUGUUCUGUAGAGACUUAGUAGCUCUGGAUAAUAGUGUUUUGGAAGAGGAAAGGAAAGCUUAGAGUCUGAUUCUAGUCUCAGUCAGUCCAGUGCUACUUGACGCGCGUUUUCCGUCGAGAGAGUGUAAGCUUGAAGCGCGUGUGGAAACCGUGCCACAUACACCAGAGAUAUAGUGUGUGCGCCGUAACCCAAAAGUGCUCAGCAGAAUCCAAUGCCCGAAAGUUGAUCGAUCAAGUGACUGGGGUAGGCGAAUCGAAGCGCAUCAUCCUCCUGCAAUCAGCAGAGUGUAACGAGAGAAUAAAACGAGACAGACAGUGGAGAGGGUGGAGAGAGUGCAUCAGUCUGCAAUAAAAAGUGGUCACAAAUAAGAUAAAAAAGUUUUUGCCUGCAAGGCGGAAGGAAACGAAAGAUAACUGUGUUCAGAUACGUGCAGAUCAACAACAAUAUAGUGCUCAAAUAUAAGUGAAAUAGUCCGACAGCAGGAGAAACUGCCGCAGCAUCAUCGUUUCGACAAAGUGAAGUCGUGCGGGCCUUGAGAAGCGGCAGUCUGUGGUAGUUUGUAUACAAUCCCAACAGCCAACACAACUCAGCUACAGCUUGGUUGGCUGUAUCUGUCCGGAAAAGUCAACAGAAGGGCACCGUUGAAAACAGGCUUGUCUGUUUCAGGAACCGAGCGGUAGACGUUUUGAAAAUCCGGAUAUGGGCUGUUUAGGUAGUAAGGACCGCCUCUCGAAAGAGGAUAUGGACUUUCUCAAAUCACACACUCGAUACGACGAGUCCACGAUCAAAGAGUGGUACAAAGGAUUUAAGCAAGAUUGUCCAAAUGGCAAGCUAACACCAGCGAAAUUUGUAGAUAUGUACAAAAUGUUCUUCCCGUCUGGAAAUGCCGAAGAAUUCUGUGACCACGUUUUCCGGACGUUCGACAUGGAUAAAAAUGGUUAUAUCGAUUUUAAGGAAUUUCUGUUAGCUAUCGACGUUACAUCGAGUGGCACACCGGAGGAGAAGCUGAAGUGGGCGUUUAGGAUGUACGACGUGGAUGGCAACGGGGUCAUAGACAUACAAGAAAUGACUAAAAUAGUUCAGGCGAUAUACGACAUGCUGGGAGCCUGCUCGUCGAACAAACCGGCAGAUUCGGCAGAGGAGCGCGCGAAAAACAUUUUCGCCAAAAUGGAUGAAAAUAACGACGGCCAGCUGACGCAGGACGAGUUCCUGAAGGGCUGCCUACAGGACGAGGAACUGUCGAAAAUGCUCGCACCUUAAGCUUUUUUUUUGCGCUAGAUAUGAACUAAGAUUUAAGUAAUUCAAAACAAAGAAGUAUGAGAGAGAGAUAUAUAAACGCAGCUUUUUGUAGGGCAAAACCAAAAACAGAAUUCAGCGAAUCACUUUCACAUAUUCACAACAACUAGAACAAAGACGUGCGCCAACCGCACGCAAAAAAAACAUGAACAAUUUUUUGGCCAAAAAUGGGAGGGUAUAACAGGACGAAUUGUAGAGCUGAAACAAAACGCUGAAACAUUUUCACACAAGGACGCAACACAUUUCUACUCACUCACAAAAGACAUGAACUAGAUGGAACAGACAAACUAAUUAAUAAAGAACAAAACAGCGCCAGAGGAAACAGUAACAACCAUUAGGGAAUUUUCACGAUAAGUAAGCUAAUUACAAAAAAAAAGAAAACAGAAAUCGUGGGGGGUUAGCACAAGCAGAAACCAAAAAGCAAGCGACAGUCAGGAUGAAACAUUUAUCAGGAGCUCGCUAGUCCGAUGUGAAUUAAGGAAAACAGGAAAGACGAAGGCAGUCACAAUUAAUGAUAAUGCAAAGAAAUCUAGACUUAAUGAUAACGAUAUAAAAUAAUCGUAAAUUUUCACCACUUCACAGAUGAUUACAAGUAUAAGCAAAGAGAUGAUGAUUACUAUAGAAACAGUUGAUUUUUUGUUUUUGUUACAGAAGCGUAAUGGUGAAACCAGAAAAAAACUCAUCCCACAAACACAAACACACACAAACAGUAAUAACUAAAGUCGUUAUUCGCUUUGAGAAUUAACUAUUGCGUACCGUGUUACGGUAAAGGAGAGAGGGGGAAAAGCGAAUGAAAACCAAUAAUAGUAAACAACAAUAUAUGAUAAUCACCUGAUCAGUGUAUCGGACAAGAUAACAAAAAACAUACAGUUGAGCAUCAUUCUAAUCAUGUUUAUACAUAAGAAGCGGGAGCUUGUUUCAAAUCCAACCGAUGUUCUGCCGUGACAAUGAGAGGGGGAGGGCACAUUCGCCACCGUUUUUUACUACCACUUUCGUGUAAAUUGUCGAUGGCACGAGAGGGAAACACAUUGGGUGGGAAUUUGGGAGGUGUGCAAAUGGUAGGAAAAGGAGUCGUUUUGGUGAAGUAAGCUCCCGAAAUGCAACACGAGAAAACAAACGAUAAAAUAUAAACGUGGCGCUAUUCGGUGAGUAAUAAAAACCAUUUUUUCAAUCUUUCUCUCGUAACGUCCAAACCGCAUUUACUGUAAGUAUUUCGUUUUUCGGGGCUCCAAAUAUUCAAUUGCGACUGUAAUAUUUUCAUUCCAUGUUUUAUCGCUCUCCGAAAAAUUAAUGAGUGCUUCAGAUUUCCGAACGAAUUAGUGUGUGUAUACAAACCGAGGCCUCGAUUCAUGCGGUAUUCGGAUUUAUGCUCUCGUCCCCUUCGAUGAUUUGUGCUUUGUGCGACAGCGGCAUUUCAGUUCCUCCAGGAUUAGGAGAGAAUUAGAAACGAAAAAAAUUGGAUUAAUCGCUGGACCAUUUGUUGAGCUCCUGUGGCGCGACCAUCCAUGGUGCGCUCGACUGAAUCGUCGUACAAUAUUUCACCGACGACGAUAGGAAUCGUUGCGCUAGUCCUUAAGUGAUGCGUGACAAAAUGGUUGAAGCUUUUUUUUUUUGCUUUCUCUCCCUGUGUUUUGUUUCAGACAGGUUCCCAAUUCCCAUGGAUAGGGUUCAGUGGAAAUGAAAAGAAAACGAAAAGGUCUUGGCAUAAAUCACCGAUUGAUUUAUUUCCUGCCUGGUUGGGUAGCAGAUUUAUUUUUCAAAUCUUGUAAGCAAAGUGAAGAGUGGGUGAGUGUGGGUGUGUGCUGAGAAAGAAAGCAGAAAGAAUGGUCUGUUGGUUUGGUGAAAAAUUGAGAGGGUUGGUAUUACAAUUCGUGUACUCUGACUAAUCUGACGGAUGAGGCUUUGAAAAUUUACGACCGAUGUGGAUUUGUUUGCUUGUUUAUGCAAUGUGUCCCGGAAAAUUUUAAAUUUCAUUACUGCUGGGAAGUGAAAUUUUAUCAACCUUUGAUAAAAUUGAUAAAUGAAGAUUUAGUUCAUUGUGUAUGCUACACCACAAUGAAAAUUUAACAAUACUGAUAAAAUAAUAUUACUGUAUUGAAGCAUCACUUUUUCAAAUACGAUUACAAAUGCGGUAACAUCAAAGCGACUCUAUUUAACAUGAUGAAUGUUAUUUUUUUUAAUUUCCACAAUAACUCGAUAAUUUACUAAAAUAUCACACAUAUUUGAAAAUUAUAUUUUGAUAGGUCCAACCGUGCGAUUCUAGUUCGUUCAACUUUUAUCAAGUGGACCUGUAUUUUGAUCCUAAACAAAACGAUUCAAUUAAUUAAUUGGAAAGCUUCAUUAAAAUCAAAAGCUAAAUGUUCAAAUAUUGAUUUUUUUUAGACCUAACAAAAAAAAAGUCCUAAAACAUUGAAAAACUCAUAAUUAUUGCUCAACGUUUACUCAUUUGAACUCGAUAUUACUUUCAAGUUUAUUGUUUGGAUAAAAACUCAUCUGGCAUAGUCUUAAUUAAUUAAAACUUAUAACUAAAACAUUAGAACACAACAUUAAACACAUCGCAUUUCACAAUUCUGUUUUUGAAGCGUAGUGAUGGUUCUCCAAAAACAAAAAAACUGUCUACUGACGAAAACGUACGGAUCAUUCCCGAGAUCGGCUCAUGUUGCCCAAACGAUGAUCGACGUGGAAGCGGUUGCAGCAAAUACGAGGAUCGUAGAAUUCUGCUGGGAGAGCGAUAGUUCACCAUCUCGAGCAGGUGAGGCGCAUCAAUUUCACCACAAAGAAGCUUCACAAUGAAAGUAGUUUGUUGAAUACGCCGUGUAGUUGAAUAUAAUUGGCUGUUUUUUUCGGUGAAAGCUCAUGAUAACACACUUGGCGAUGCUUAUGGUUAGUUUAUUCAAGUUGCACCAACUGACAAACUGGUCAAGCAAUCUCUGUAUCGACGACAAUCCUGAAGAGUUCCGAUAGCCGAUUUUUUUUGCGGACUUCUCUACCAUCUGUGGAGUAACAACGAAUGACCGCAAGUCUAUUGGAUACUCUGGAACGUUAGCAGCAGCCCUCUCGGCUUCAGAUGAGGUGGCUGCAUCAGCGACAACCACUGAAGCAAAAUGUUUAGAAAACAAAUCACACGUUUGCGGGACAGACGACGACUCCGAAUCACCCAAAAACAUCUUAGAUGGGAUGUAUGUAGUUUUACGCUUGGAAUUGACAAAAUUCCAGAAGCUCCAUGGAUUCCUACGUAAGUUUGUCUGCACACGAAGCGCGUUUGAUUUAUAAAGAGAAGCGUUAAGGCUGCGGUAGGCAUUGCUCGCAAGUUGAAAGUUAUGCUUAGUUUCAACAGUUCGUCGAGGUCGCAGUUUGCGUUGGCAAGAAUUUUUGUUGCGCCGUUAGACGCGAAGAAGUGGAGUGCUCCAUGCUGGUGACAUCAUAGGUUUUUCCCGUGGAGUAUUCGUUACGAGCCAGUUGCAAACGAUUUCGCCAUGCCAUUAUCGUCCUGGCCAAGGACACUCCAACUGUAGCUACUCCAAAACUCAUUGAAUGCGAAAUCGAUUUAAGCGUAAUUUAGCGGUAGUUCGCUUUUGCUUAGAUCCUCCGCAGUCAACAGAGAUCCACCUUUAGCCGAUAAAUACAGCACUAACGGAGGAUGGUGCAGAUCCACCGCUAGCAGCAGCGAAACGGAUUCGGAGAUAGUUAGUUGAUGUCGGCUACGCAAAAAACCAGAUCAAGUGUACGGCCCCGAGAAUUGCGAAUGAAGUUAUGCUGCUGGAGACCAAGAAAGGAAAUUCCAUCCACUAGAACAGCACUCACCGUAAAGGUCAAGGAGAGGUUCAGAUUAACAACUAAAUUGACAUGCGGUUCCCACGCAAUAUGGGGCUGAUUUAAAUCACCACAUACUAAAACUGUGUCAUCAGAGGACGCUCGGUCAUACAGCUCUCGCACGGAAGCCAGAUGAGAAUCAUAAACCCCAACGUCGCGACUUCGGUCGGGUGGAAUGUAUACUACGCAAAGUAACAACCUUUUUCCACGUAUUGUAGUAGCGACACAAAUUUGUUCCAAAGAACCUCCGUUACUCGUAUGAACUACUUUAGCAGUGAAGCGACUAGCUACAGCGAUGAGAACUCCACCAAAUCUAGACUUAUCACUGUUGGAAGAGCUUCGGUCGCAGCGAAAAACAUUGAACUCAACUCCAAACAGCUGCAGGGAGUUGAUGCUAUCGUCAAGUCCGGUUUCAGUCAACAUAAUGACGUCGUAAUUGCAAUCGCUUACUGCCACAUAGAGAGCGUCAAUUUUCGUCCUCAGGCCGCGUACGUUCUGGUAGUAUAACCAAAUGGCAUUGGUAGUUGUGCUGCUGUCCACGCUAGAAACCAAAGGAAGGUCAGGUCGCGAUUGGGGCUCAAUUAAAUUAUACUCGCCUAGAGUGGCACGUUGUAAGACCCCUUCCCCAGACUCAACAGCAGGACCGGGACGGCUGCACUGACGCUAACGGCAGGGCUCAACUGAGUUGGACGGGUUCCAACUUCCAAGUGAUAUAAAAUAAUUCUGGUUCUAUAUUUACAGGGAGAACCGCUGGAUUCUUCAAAAUUGGCAUCAAAAGAGAAGUGUGAAUGACAAAUACUUGGAAUUUUAAAACUUCCAACACAGAGAAGAUCAGUAAGAAAAUCGCGAUGUUUUGUUCAAAACUCAUGGCAGCUUUGUGGAUGUUGUUAAUUUGAAUCUCUUUUCGUUCUGCCUAUUUUUUCUUACAGAACUGAACUUGACGAAGAAACGAACUCGAAAGUAAUAACUAUUGAUUGGUUUCAAUUCAAAAAGCACGUGAAUUUUCUCAUUGAAAAAUGUUGAUAAAAGCAUGAGCAUGUAUCUCUUAUCAACAUUUUUCAAAGAGAAAAUUCUCGUAAUUUCUGAAUGGAAAUUCGAUUGUAGGUAUGACAUUUUAGUUCGUUCAUUAAGCGAGUUCAAUUUUCCAGAGAAAAAAACAGAUUGGAAAUGGGUUCAAAUUAAUACAAUUCAUCCAAUUGUUAUAUAUUCAAAGCAUUAUGAUUCUGCGAGUAAUUUUGUAUUUAUGUAUGUCAUACCACUUUGCCAUUUUGUGAGGUCUUCAAUGUUUGGUUUUUCGAGCAAUCGAGAACAAAAAUUUCAGCGCAUUCUCAUACAUUUUUACCCAAUUGCGUAUCUCGAUGACUCCAAGCUUGUCUAGUGCCAAACUUUCUAUCACGAUUUAAAAAAUAUGAAACGUUGCCAUAAGCAUUUCAUAAGUAGAUAUUAAUUGUUCCAUAAAUGUUGGUCAAUUUUACAGUUCAAUUCUUUUUCCAAUGCCUUUUUUUGCUAAAUUUCGAUGAAAGAAAAAAAGGGUCAAUCGUCUCUGGAAGAGCGAAGUUGAACUUGUUUAUAGAGAUGCGCCAUCCGCUCAUGAGCUGUUCCGAAGAAUCGACUCUUUGAAGUGAGUAGACACGGGACAGCUCGCAAAAAACAAACAAACAGCUCUUCAGCUCACUUUGAUAAUGAUGCAGGAUGGAAAAGAGCUAUGAAAUUGCAGAGAGUAUGUGAGCUGUGAGAUUAAAAUAAACUGACCGCCUCUCGCUCUUCGUGUUAUCACAUCAGUUCAGUUUCAUUUGUUGCCCGUCUUUUCAACUGUCUUAUUCGGGUUGACUUCAUUGAGUUUUGUUUACUAGUUUAGGGGACGCCAAAGAUAAUAAUUGACCUUCAGACUGAAUGAACACGUUUUUGAAAUUAAAAUUAUGAAUGAAAAUUAGCUCCUUUAUAUCAAGUUAGUAUUCUAUUUAACCUUUAACGAACGGGAACAUUUUUCUAGAACGAUGGCCACUUGAUCGAUGGAUUUUUAUAAAAAAUUAAGUGCUUUAUUUCCAGAGCGAGAAAAGGUGCAUAAUUAAUAUCACGUUGAGACUUUAAACUCUCGGAGUUCAUUCGUCUCUGAGAGAGCGAGCGAAGUUGAUGAUGAUGAUGAUAUUGGAUUAAAGAGACUUUAAACUCUGGGAGUUCAUUUGUCUCUGAUAGAGAGAGCGAAGUUCUUCUUCUUCUUUUUCUUUGUGGCUUUAAACUUUGCAGUUCAUUCGCUUUUAAGAAGGAAGUUCAAUUCAAUUCAAUUCUUUGUUUUUAAGAGGCUUUAAACUUUGCAGUUCAUUCGCCUCUAAGAGAGAAGUUUUUCUUCUUCUUCUUUGUUUUUAAGAGGCUUUAAACUUUGCAGUUCAUUCGCCUCUUAAGAGAGAAGUUCUUCGUUCUACGUUCUUGUUUUUGAAGGGACUUUAACCCAAUGGUCAUUCGUCCCUGUAAGAAUAUUUAAAUCUUGGUGAACAGGCCGGUUUAUUUCAUGAAUCGGAUCACUUUAUUCUCGAACUCCAGGUUGUGGUUUAAAUCGUUGGCCGAACGUUCAUGAUCGUAGGCUUUGCACUCUAUUAGUAUGUGGGGAAUGGAUAGGGUUACACCGCAGGUGAUGCAGUUGGGGGGAUCUUGUUUGAUAAUUAGGAAACUAUGGGUUAGGUUAGUGUGUCCAAUGCGGAUUCGCCGCAAGGCAGUGUUAUGCCUGCUGAACCAUUCCGAGUCCCAUGAUUCUCUUAUGGCAUUUUUGGCCCAACGUAUAGCAUCCAUAGAAGGCACAGCAACCGCCUCAAUCUCACAGUUCCGACCUAAACCCGCCAAUCUGUCGGCUUCCUCAUUACCGAGAUUAAGAGAGAAGUUCAUGUUUCUUUGUUUUUAAGAGGCUUUAAAUUUUGCAGUUCAUUCGCCUCCAAUAUAGAGAGAAGUUGAAAAAUACACUCCUCAUAGCUGAUGCGCGUUCGGUACCGCUAGCGAUGGAUAAGAGGAUGAAGCUGUUGAAUAGAUAUUGGUCCGGUGACUUGAGAAUGAAAGACUUCAUUCUACCCGUGGUGAGCUCUUCUUAUAUUCUUUCAAUCUUUCAAUUCAUUCAAGAUCUUUUGACAAUAAAUUUAGUUGAACUUACGACACACCUCAAAUGUCUAUUUUCAAGGGAAAACUAGCGUUUUGAUAAUCACUUCACUCGAAAGAUAACAUGCACAAGAGUUCUAUGCUUGUUAAUUCUUGACCCGAAAACUUGUUUCAAUAGCAUGAUAAUUGAUUUGAAAAAAAGGCUAUUGAAAUCACACAAAUUUUAUAUAAGCGAAUGCCCGCUCGGAAAUUCACUCAGUUAUGGUUGCGCAGCGGUUGAUGUACGAUCGCUGGAAAGUGUUUCCCUGACACAGAUUUAAAAAAUUACGAGCCUGGGUAAAUCGACAUUGCAAACGACCUACAGGAUGCGGGUACUUUUGUACCCGUAUGCAUUUCUGCAAUCCGUAAUGUGUUUCCCUAACAUAAGACCUCAAAAUUCAUAAGCCUGGGAAAAUCGGCAUUGCAGAAACAUGCAAAUCGGUGAUACUUUUGUACCCGUAUGCAUUUUUGCAGACCAGAAUGUGUUUCCCUAACGCAGAUUUCAAAAUGAGUGAACCUGGGGUAAUCGGCAUUGCAGAAUAGCUGCAGGCUAUAUAUAUUUUUGCACUUCGGAAUAUGCGCGGACUUCAAAAGCGGUUUGAACACAGCGCGUUGGUACGGUUGUUUAAAAUUGCAUUGGAAGAUAUCCCAUAAUGUCUUCAGCUCACUGAACAUCUACGUAUAUUGUUUGAUGAUUAGACAAAAUGUCGAUAACCAUUUGCUGCGAUAACAUCGAUUGAUCAAUAUGCGUUCAACGUGUCAACAAUGUCAAAAUCAAAACUAAGACCCUGAAGUUCAUCAAAUCAAGCAUAUGUACGGUGCCAGAAGUACGUACACAAGUGUAUGUGUGUUGAUGCAAUAACUUCAACAGAGGAAAAUGAAAAAUACAUUGAUCGUUUGACAAUUCUUCCGUUCACAUAUUUGGAAGUCCGCGAUAAAUGGAUGAAAAGAAUAAGGUAUCAUGCCAUACACCAGACUUGCAACGAAGAAUGUAAUCUGAAACAAUGCAUGAGUUGACCUAAAAUAAAAUUUGUUUGCAAUUGGAUUCGGGAAUUGUUUCAUUCAAUAACUAAGGCAACGGUAGUACUGCGCCUAACUUGCGAUUAUAACAUAGGUAUAACCUACCCAUAUUUUUUUCGCUUUAGAUUAUCGUAAUACCUUUAUGUUUUAUCACCAGUAACGAUUCUAUGCAAGAAUCUCUUCCAUUUUUGACGUUGUAGCAGUUCGGCUCCAAUUCGUAGGAAACUCAGUUUCCGUGGUUCGUUCCGUGGUUCACGUUCCAAAGCUCGCAAACGAUACGAAAUAGCUACGUUACAUGAUUCAGUGAGUUCAUGUUGUGUUUGACUUCAAUCCUCAUGAAGAAGUGCCUUUAAUUCUGCAUCAUCAAACGUUUUCACCUUUCCGGGAUGUUCCUUGGUUUGACGAUAGUAAGAUCUCUACCUCUAAGGCGUUGAAAUCUUUCGCGACACGUUCUUCCUCUAAUAACUAUUGGUAUCAACAAUCAUUCGAUGCGCUUCAGAAGAAAAUUUAAUCAAAUUAAACAUGACAAUCAAAACCCCUCAUAAAUGACGCUUCAUUGGUUCGGAUGUUUCCGUUUUCUCACACAAAAUACAGCUGAUAUCUAUCAAAUCUUACAAUCGUAAUGAAUGUGAAGAAUGUUGAUGACUUAUUGACAUGUACCUAGUAUGACGUUUUUAAUGAGGACUUUUUGACUCAAAAUUAUCACUGACAUCUUCCAAUAAAAUCGGCGGGUUUUCAAUUGCGCACAUGAUAGACAUCUAGAUCCGGUGUGUCUUAAUAUUUCAUCUAGGAAGUUCAUCUGAAUACAUUCUUUUGGCUAGUACAAAAUCAAAUAUUGGUGAAGCAGUUUGGUUGUUACCAAUUUCCAAAAAUGGACAUACCCCUUCAGCAAAAUCUGAAAAAGUCAAUUUUUAAAACCACCAUGAUUUAGAUAUCAUUAGCAGGGCCAUACAAUUUCACUUCAAUUUACACAUCGUCACUCAAUAAUGAACCUUUCGCUUUUCAAUAUGUCAUAAACUCGUGCAGAAUGGCAAUAGUGCUACUCUCUGUUCACGCUCAAUAAAGUGAAUAUCAUAUAUUUAUUGAAAGACGAAUAUUCCAUUUUUAUUGAAGUACGGUGCGGGAAAAUCCAGUUUGGAGAAAUGAAAUCGAAUGAAAUUUUCAAUUGAAAGUAGUGUCCGUUCUUUCACAUGUGAAACUGAAAACGACAUAAAGCCCAUUCAAAUGAUAAUGAAUAGGGCACCUUCAAUCGUCAAGCGUCUGCUUUCAAAUCCAAAAAAAACGACAGCAGAACGAAAACGAAAUUGAAUAAUCCAUGUUUCAGUAUGCGUAGUGGAUACACACAAUCGAAAUUGAAUUUGGCUGAAGAGAAAGGGAGUAAGUAAAAAAGUCAUUUUUGCUUCGAAAUUAUCAAGCUCUGAUCACUAGGACAGAAUCAAAUGAUUGAAAAUGAAAAAAUUGGCUGAAGAGAAAGGGAGAAGUAAAAAAGUCAUUUUAGCUUCGAAAUUGUCAAGUUGUGAUCAUUAGGACAAAAUCAAACGAUUCUGACCUAAAUUUUUUCAAUAAGAAAUAAACAUUGGAGAUUUAAGAAAAAUCGGAUCUGUUUUGUUUAUUGGUUCAUCCUUUUUUUUCAUGGAAUAAAUCUUUUUCAAAUAAUAUGAUUCUAUUUUCUCUGUAUAGUUCAAUACUCUCAAUGACUUCAGGAGAGUGGUUCCCAACAGGUGGUCCAUGGUCAAUAGUAAAGUCACGAGCUCUAAUCAGAAGAGACUGCGAGGAUUUUGUCUAAAUUACAUUCUUCCUCGUUCUUGAAUAUUGAAACGAAAGUUCUGCGAAAAUUAUAAAAAAUACAGAUUUAAUAUUUCAAUCUCUAAUGUAAUCGAUUAGCCGCAGUUUAUAUUGUGUCACAUUUUGUAAUUGAGUGUUGCAACUUUAAAAUCGUCAAAUUUUUGAUGAUAUUUAGAUACGAAAUAUUCAAAGAAGUGUCAUUUUUUUCAGGCAGCAUCAAUGAUUCUGCAUUUCGCAUUAUUGAACUAAAGAGUUCCACUCUUCAAGUUUGGCUAAAAUCCGGCAAGUUGUCGUUUUCUAACAAUAUUGUGCAAAGGUUAAUUGUUGAUCUGUUCGUAGACAUUGAAGGUCAAAUUUUCACAAAAAUUCGAGAAAUUCUCUCUGUUCUUUGGAUGUCAGCACCCGUGCGUAACUAAUGGAUUUCGUAAAAGGCGGUCAUUCUGGAUUGAGGAAUAAUUUCAGAAAAAGGUUUAAGAGAGUGCUCCAAGCGUUGAAAAUUUCGAUAAACCCUUGCCGGCGAGACCCUACCGGAACCAUAACAGAAAAUGGAUUCGUUCAUGAAUCUCACAUCAAAUGUGGAGCUCUGAAUUCAUUUUUGAAGCGUUUCGAAGAAAUUAAUUCAGAGGAGAAAAUGAAUUCUUUGAAAAUUUUAAUUGAUGUGAUUGAUAUGAGCGUUUCACAUGGCUUGCAGUUUUUUUUUGAGAAUCUGUAUUCGCUACACUUUUGAAAAGGAGCAAGCAAACCAGUCGAACACGACUUUUCACUCAACGUCGCGAACUUUUAAUUUUUUCAAAUAUUUUAACUCUCAACGAUGGAGGAUAACAUUAGAAACCUGAAACCGGUAAACAUCCCUUCAAUAAAAUGGAUAUCUAUGAGAAACCGGGAAAAUCGUCUCUCCAAUAGAACGAACCGACAAUUUGUGGAUUUUAAAAUCACAUUUUUUUAAAUUUUACCAAUUUAUUAACACCAUGCCUUAAAAGCGAACUGGGGAAUAUCCAACUAACAAUUCCCCAUCAGUGUGACGUUUUCAUGAUGGCUUUAUUCAGCUCAAUGCUUAGUAAUGCCUGAAAUAGUUGUCAUCAAAUCCUCUAUUCAAGCCUUGUUCAAGCAAAUUAGGAGAAAUUAUUAAGCUGUAGUCAAUAUUGUUCGUUAAAUGCAGAUAAAACUCAAAUAUAAAACGUUUAUCCAACUCCAAAGUGUGGUGGAAACGUCUAUUCGACCAUAUUCUGAUUUGAUUAGUUCUACUUAGACUGCGAUAUCGAAGAAGAUCUUUGUUUUAU